UAGGACUACAUUUCCCAGAGGGCAUCCGCACUUACGUCGCGACAGACAUUGUACGCGUGACGUUUACUGUUCUUGUUUUGGCAGUUUGUUUCGAUAUUCACGGAUUGUCAGUCCACCAAGAAGCCCUUUUGUACUGGUUAUCCACCACGAAGCUGCGAUGAUAACAACUGAGCAGUGAUUCUGUGUGCGGGCUGAUUCAGGGGGCUGGUAAGUGUAGUUUCACAAUGGCAGAUGGAGGCAGCGAUGACGAUGUCAUUCACCUGGCAAGCUUCAACGUCCACCGCAGCCAAGGCUCCCGUGCUCACAAGAGGGAGCUCAUCACCAUUUCUGAUGACUCUGAUGAGGAGCCGGUGACUCUGGUACCUGGCAGCCCUGUUUUAGUCCCGGACGAUGCCGAUGAUGACGACAUCAGCAUACUGGAGCCAUUAACUCCUGCACGCAGACAUGUGAUCCGGCCAGCAGCAAAAUGGAGUGGGGCCUCCGACAACCUGAUUCAAGUUGUAGGUCAUAGUAGCGCAACUUCAGUGGACCCUGGUUCUGCCCCCUCUACCUCCAGAGAUGCCAAGGCCCACGCCUCCCUAGCAAGGCGAGCCAUACGGAUACCAGUGCCGUCAAGUACUUUGGAACACACACAGCCACUCCCUGGCUCUUCAUCACACACACUGUCUCAGCCAAAACUUAACACAAACUCAAAGCAGCAGGACGGUACGGCACACGGAACAGUGGAGCUCCAUGCAGUUUCAUCAGUCCAAACUCCGUCUACCUCCACGAACGCCACCACAUCCAGAGCACCUACACACAUACAUCCUCAGCCUCAGCCCAGCACGUCCGGACUCGCACAGCCACAAGCUGGCUCCUCAGCACAUGUAACAGUGGAGCCCCAGGCAAGAACCUCCACCAGUACCACACACUUUUCUUGUGUGCUUGCAAGUUCUUCGACAAAUACUCAAGAAAAGGCGAGUACGAGUACUCAUUCACAAGACAAUCCUCAGGCCAGUACGUCAUCUGCACAAUCUCGCACACAGACACAGUCUCAGCCCGGUACAUCCACACAGUCUAGUGGGACCACCACCCCACAGCCCCACCUCAUCCAGGCAAAGGACAUGAAACUAGUAGUUGUUCCCCAGCAACCGAGCAUCCAAGCCUCAGCUCUCAUAACACAGCCCCAGCUGCUGCUCAGGUCCCAGAACCUGCUGCAGCCCAUGUCGCUCCUUCACAGGCAGGGCAAUCUCAUUCAGAUUGAGCCUCAGCCCCUGGCCCAGGCUCCGGCCCAGCCUCCAGUCCAGGCCCCGCAGCCCCUUCAGGUGAUCCCGGUGAUCCCCCCUGCAGUGCUAAUAGCUGCAGCGCCUGAGAGACUAGGUCCUCCAGAGGUGGGUCACCGGAUCGUCCUAGGGAGCCAGGCGCCAGGGGAGGCUGUUCCAAACCCUCCAACGCAGGCAGGCACCUCUGGCGCAGGCCCUCCAGCUGGCAGCCUCAACAUCAGGGUGCCUAACUCUAACCCCCACGCUCCUCCAGCACCCACUGCUUCAGUCCCCCGCAACGGAGGAGAGGCUCGACUGGUUCUGGCUCCAGCUCCUAACCCAGAACGGGUCAACCCAUUCGCCAGUCUGGUUGUGGUCCCUCCUGCUGCAGAGGACCUUCCCCGGAUAGAGGACGCGAGGCCCGGUCCGUCUGUACCACGAGAGAGAGCGGAGCAGGACGCCCUCGUUAGAACUCUUAUCACUGGUGUUCUGGAUCUAUUCCCAGAAGUCCAGGAAGCCUAUGUAGCAGAACUGAUCCGAAAGAAUAAUGUGAAACACUUGAAUGUUAUCUGUAACCUGCUGUUGGAGAACCCAGAGUAUCCGAGGAGGGAGACUGCAGCAGCCACAGCAGCUCCAACCAGCAUCCUACUGGAGUCUGGAGACACCCAGACAGAGGUGACUGAGGACCUGUUUGACUACGCCAAACUGGGCAAGGUGGGACACGAUGCCGUGAUGCAGGCUACUGACUUGCUCAUGGCGGACUUCAGAAUGCUCAGUUGUCAGGACAUCAAAUGGGCCCUCAACGCUCUGAAGGGACACUAUGCAAUCACACGCAAGGCCUUAUGUGACGCUCUGAAGAAGUGGCAAGAUUCAGACCUCUCAGGAAAGAGACGACGGAGCAGAGCCUCGUCUGAGCGCUGCUAUAUCGAUUUCCACUUUGAGCACGGCUCAGUCAAAUUUGACAAGAGGAUGUAUUUCUUGGAGAAUGACCGUCGUUACUGCCGGACGUACAACAAUUUAGAGGGUUCUCUGCAGAAGGAGCUGACGUUUUAUCAGCAGAAGGCCAAGGAAUGGGCGGAGCAUGAAGACUUCCUCUUGGCUCUGCAGGUCAAUGAAGACGAAUACAAAAAGGACGGCCAGCUGAUCGAGUGUGGCUGCUGCUACGGGGAGUUCGCCUUCGAGAAGAUGACACAGUGUUCAGACGGCCACCUGUUCUGUAAAGAGUGUCUGGUCAAAUACGCUCAGGAGGCAGUGUUCGGCACCGGGAAGUCGGAGCUGAGCUGCAUGGAGGGGGGCUGCCCGUGCUCCUACCCGGUGUGCGAGCUGGAGAAGGUCCUUCCAGAGAACAUACUGUGUAAAUAUUACGAGAGGCAGGCGGAGGAGGCUGUCGCUGCCACCUGUGCUGAUGAACUUGUGCGGUGUCCAUUUUGCAACUUCCCAGCCCUGUUGGACAAAGACAUGUCUCUGUUUAGCUGUCCAAACCCUCGGUGCCGCAAGGAGAGCUGCAGAAAGUGCCACGUCCAGUGGAAGCAGCACGUUGGGAAGACGUGUGAGCAGGUCCUGGAGAGGGACGAGAUCCGCAUGAGGGUGCUCUUUGAGGAGCGAAUGACGGCAGCCCGGGUGAGGAAGUGUGUGAAGUGCGGGACGGGCCUGGUCAAGUCGGAGGGCUGCAACCGGAUGUCGUGCCGCUGCGGCAGCUUCAUGUGCUACCUCUGCAGAGAGCCCAUCACGGGCUACAACCACUUCUGCCAGCACGCCCGCUCUCCGGGCGCUCCCUGCCGCCACUGCCGCAAGUGCUCCCUCUGGACCGACCCCACGCAAGAUGACGAGCGAAUCAUUCAGGAGAUUCAGAAGGAAGGCGAGGCGGAGCUGAAUAAGAAGUCUGCAGAUAAUUCAGGGAAGAGGGUCGGCCCUCCACCGGAGCCCGUCACAGACGCCAAGCGACCACGCGUGGGUCCGCCCCCUGAAAACCCACCGAACCUGAACCCCCUGGCCCCUCCUCACCCGCAGGCGGUACAAGCUCCGCUUUUCGUGCCUCCACGCGCCCGCUACCCACCGGCUCCACCCCAGGGCGGGAUGUACCACCCGGUGAUCAUGCCCCGGCUGCCCCCCGCACCCUACGUGCCCCCUUUACAGCACCUGCCCCCCCUGAACAAUAACAACAACAACAACCAUCACCACCACAACCCUCCAGUCAACCCUCACCACCAACACAUUGACAUGCCCAUGCACUACGGGCCGCACCGCUACUACAGACGCUUCUAACACACAUUCCCUGGGCGAGUGUGUGUCAGUCCCGGUGCGAUCAGCUCAGUACAGUCCUACUUUUCAUUUCAGUGCUGUUUUUGACAUCUGAUGUCAAGAUUUGAGAGUGCGUCACAUUUUUCGAUUUGUCCUCGCCACCCGUUUGCUCCUGUACACUCACGCAGGUUUCUGCCCUGCAGCUUGAUUUAGUCGUUUCUGUUUUCCAAUGAUAAAGCGCACUGAAAUGAUAAGUGCAUCUGUAGAAAGAGAAAUGUUUGGACACUUUGCCUUUCUCUCCCUGAGCUUGGGACUUCAGUAAAGAAGUGGAUCCCCACGUUCCGCGUUCCUUUUUUCAUCUUUUACGGUUUGAAUAUUGGGGUUGAACUGAUGAACGGUAUAGAAUCUUGAGGCAAUUUAUUUCCAGUUUAUACAGAUAUUUUUAAAGUAAAUAAUUGAAAAAAAAACAGUUAGCAUUCCCUUCUGUAUCUUUUGUGUAACAUGUUUGAGACCACACAGUUUUCUAAUAAAGUUUUCUGUUCACGUUGCUUCAGAAGA